GUAAACAAAGCGGAAUCCGCACCGGAGAGAUCUAUACAUACACCACUACACACGCGCACAUACGCCGGCGAAAAUGGGUGCUUUGAAGUCGGCGAUUGGCGACAUGGUGAUUACCUUCCUGUGGGUUUUCCUCUCGGCGACCUUCGGCCUUCAGACGGCGGCGAUUAUCUCCGCCGCCGGCAUUCACGGCGUCGCCUGGGCUCCGCCUGUGAUCACGACCUUGCUCGUUUUUGUCUCCGUCUCCAUCUUCACCCUCAUCGGAGAACUUCUCGGCGGCGCUAGCUUCAACCCCACCGGAAACGCCGCCUUCUACACCGCUGGAGUCCCCGGAGAUUCCCUCUUCUCCAUGGCGCUUAGGUUCCCUGCUCAGGCUGCUGGUGCGGUGGGAGGUGCCAUGGCGAUCUUGGAGGUGGUACCGGACAAAUACAAGCAUAUGAUCGGAGGGCCUGCUUUGCGAGUUGAUUUGCACACUGGAGCUAUUGCGGAGGGGAUUCUGAGCUUUCUAAUUACCUUUUCUGUUUUGCUGAUUAUCCUCAGGGGUCCUCGUCGUUUACUUGCUAAGACGUUCUUGCUCGCCAUUGUAACCGUCUCACUGGUUAUUGCCGGUUCUAAAUACACUGGACCUGCCAUGAAUCCCGCCAUUGCGUUCGGGUGGGCGUACAUAUACAGCUCUCACAACUCAUGGGAUCAUUUCUAUGUGUAUUGGAUAAGCUCCUUCGUCGGGGCCAUUCUUGCUGCAUUGGCCUUCCGUGUGUUCUUCCCGCCCCCUCGGCCCCAGAAGAAGAAACAGAAGAAAGCUUGAAAGAACUCUUCAGAUAUUGAACGCUCUGAUAGAUUUUCCUCUCUUCUGUGUAGAGAUUUCUAUUCUUAAAUAAGAAAGAAAGUCUGAUUCUUGUUGCUUCCCUUGCCAUUGUUUAGAUUCAUGCUUGUUUGCUUACGGAUUGUACGGACGUGACGUUUUGCCGGUUCUUAAUUUUCCGGUUUAGGAUUAUUGCUCGGUUUUCUUCAA